AUGAAUGCCGAACAACGACGCGAUCGCCGCCUGUAUCCGACGAUCAAAGCCCGCGUCGCGCAGGCUUUUUAUGAGCAUGGCAGAUUCUGCGCGGCCCAUCCAAUUCUAUGCCUUUCGAUGACGAUCUGCUUCUUCGUGCUUCUCGCAUUGCCGACAGUUUCCCGAUUCCGACUGCCCAUCUCCUCCCCGAUGGAUGUCCACUGGAGCACCGGCAUUCCGGAGCCAAACACCGGUCCGGAAUGGCUGCAACUAUCGCCGGCCGCAUACCUCCAACAGAUCGUCAUUCGAUCGGGGGUCGAGCCCUGGCAUGCGGCCAAUUUAAGCGUUGAGCAAUCGAUUCGAGGACCCCUUUCACGGGCAUUUAUCGCCAUGGAGAAGCUGAGGAUGGUGCCUGAAUUGAGCGCCAUCUGCCUGCAAAUACAAAACAACGGAGAGCUGGGCAUUCCGCGUAGGGGGUGCCUCCUGACGUCGCCAAGUCUCUUCUGGCAUGAUGAUGUGGAGAGGAUGAGAGAGGACGAAAAUGUCGUGUCGACGGUGUACGCGGCAAAUUGUUCGCCCGAGCUGUGUGUGCGUGAUCUGUUGCUGGGAAUGCCGGCUGGGAUGUCGGGAGUCAAGCAGCGCUUUCAAACAAACAGGAAAAGAACAAUCGACUUUACGGUCACCCUGUUCCUGCAUCAAUAUGACGAACACACCAUUCAGAAAAUGGCUUUAUCGUUGGAAACGGCUUUCAGCCGAGUGGAAAGCGAGGCCCAGGACGACACGACAUUUGUCCACGUUUUCUAUCGCCCUCGAAAAUACUUUACCGACUAUUUUCCUCUCAUCUUAUCCUACACAAUUUUUGGGGCCUAUCUUUACUAUUCGGCGUCAAAAUUCGAGAUGGUGUCAUCAAGGGCGGGGUUGGCGUUGGCUGCUGCCUUUACCAUUGCCGCAACUCUGAUGAUUACAGCUGGUGUCUCGGCAUAUCUGGACUUGCAACCGUCAUUAUGGGGAGCCGAUUUGUUCCCGUAUCUCGCGCUGAUCGUCAGCUUAGAAAAUGUGCUCUGCAUUACCAAAGCCGUGGUCUACACGCCGCCUUCGCUUGAUGUGGCGUCGAGGAUUGCGCACGGGCUUUCACACGAGGGGUACACCAUUGCAAAGUAUUUCCUCUUGGAGCUAAUCUUCCUCUCUGCCGGCUUUAUCACCGGCGUCUUCGAGAUCCAGCAGUUCUGCCAGUUUGCCUUUGUCGGCUUGGUGACUGACUUUUUCAUGCAGCUGUUUUUCUACAUUCCAUGCCUUUGCCACCAUUGGGCACUUUUCCAACCGUCAAUUGCCCGAGCCCUCUCCGAAUCUCGUCUCAACGGCCUUUGGACGGUAGAUCACGGCAAAUCGGUCACGAAGAAAGGCCAUCGCCGCUCUGCCUCGACAGCAAAACAGCCAGAUUUCGACGACAACGACAAGCCGUUGAUGGGUCGUAUGGUUUCGGCACGACGACUCGGCUUCAUGUCGUUCAUCUCGCGGACACGGCUUUUCCAGCGGACCUUGAUGGUGCUAUUCGCGUUGUGGGUCAUUUGGCUUGGUUUCAUCGUGCAGCGGCGAUUACCCGAUGAUGCCGCCGGUCAGUUUUUGUCCCGAGAUGCGAGCCGUUUCGGGGUCUCGCAGCGACUGCUCGAGACGGCGCCCCAGCAGUGGGGGGAAUGGCAACGGCGCACGUUCAAGUGGUGGCCGGCCCUAUUCGCCGAGUACAACAUGACCCUCAGCGGUCACUACAUCACGUAUCUACCGCCAAUUGUGCUAAAGACUACGAUUGCGCCCGAUGAUCCGAUGCUGUUCGCGGUCCCGCCACGUCCGACAGAUGCGGAUAGGCCCGAUCUCUCCCCAUCACCGACGUCUCGUCCAAAAAGCGGCCUGAUCGAAUUGGGCUAUACAAAGCUGAAAGGCCACCGUUUCCCCAUCGAAUUCGUGAAGGCGGGCGGACCGGGCCAAUCGCUGUUGUGUACCGUAUGCCAGGGCGGAAGGGUCAUUUUUUGGGACGAGAAAUUGGACGAGAAUCGUCGCGAGAUGGCCCGCAACCGGUUUGAUCCGCUUGGAAAGGAAACGACUGAUGAGGCACGGCGUCGUGGUGAUCCUAUAAACGGAACGCCGAGGGCCCAGAACGGACACGAACUGCCGGCAGUUUGGACUGUGGAUGCAAACGAGAAAAUUCUGGUGCUCGGCUGCGCUGAUGGGUCACUGGAGAUUGGCUCCUUUCAACGCGCCAAGCUGCUGGCCGUCUAUCUGGAAAAUAAGUCGGGCAUCGUGCAGAUGAAGAUCCGCGGAUCUCUAAUUGCCCUCGCCCGGCUCGAUGGUUCGGUCGAAGUGUUGCGCGUCGAUUUUUCGGAAGGCGAGCCACUCCGCAUCCGGUCUGUUCGUCAACUCGGUCAUUCUGCCGCCCAUCAGUCCCCAAUGACCGUGUUGGAGAUGGGUGACGCGUUGUUCGCCACGGCUUCUCAUGAUCAUUCCGUGAAAUUGUGGGACAAUCGUACGUGUCGUGGCCUGCAACAUCUCCAAUUCCACAAGGCUCCCGUCACGUCGCUGCUAAUCGACGAGUCAGAAGACGUUAUAUUCUCGGCGUGUGAGGAGGGCGUGGUUUGUUGGUGGCGGAUGACGACGGGCAAACUGAUUCGCAGCACCGAGGAUCCGUUUGGAUACGCGGUGGAAUUGGCGGCGACCGGGGAGUAUCUGCUGGGGUUGGGCGCUGAUGGGCAAUUGAGUGUAUGGGAUCGACCGAGUGGCCAGUUGAUCACAAGGAUGGGAACACAUCCACCACAAGGGGGUGGAUCACCGCUACUUGAGAAGCGCUUCAUUGUGACGAUGGAGACUGGUGUCGUCGUCACUGCCCAACAUCGAACCAUUUCAUUUUGGGAUCUCGGCUAUAAGGCCCUCGUCAAAGAAGUGGAAGUGGAGCAGCCCCUCGACGGGUUGGCCAUCUGCUUGGGGCGCACGGUGUUCGCCCCAUCGGGAAAUGUGGUCUACCGUAUCCCAGUGCCUGUCGUCCAUCUCAAA